AUACGCUAUAAACAAGCACAAUAGGAGGUUCAGGAGUUGGGCACAGCAGCGAGUUCGGCAAUAUCGGCUAGCCACAGCGGUGACGAUAACAACAGACCCUUCGUUGAUGGAUGCAGCGUAUCUGGCUGCGGCUGUGCAGAAAGCGGCGUCGUUGAGGAAGCACGAUGUUGAGUUGUGGAGGGGAUUUACUCGACGUUUGUUGGAGCUAUUGGAUGAGAUACCCCCGGAGCACAUUGGGUACGUCCUUUGGGGGUAUGGGAAGUCCCUGUACCUCCCUGCUAAUGCUAAGGAGGUGUACUUAGCGUUAUUCGAUCGCGCGAGGCAACUACUACCCCAGUUAUCGAGUCAUGCCGUAAUGGCUACUCUGUGGGCUAUGAAACGCGUCCAGAUACAACCGGUAGUAAAGCCUCUGUGCUUUGGGGUCCUUACCAUUCCUCGCUCGAUUCAGCACAAGUCGGAUCUGAUGGAAUUUGCAAAGCAUGUGAUGGAAAGAAGAGACAGUAUUCGGCCAACGGAUUUUUGUAAAGUAUUAUCGAACCACUACUCCACCUGUGGGUUCAGGAAGCAGUUCUCGGAGGUAGCGCAGAGCAAGUACGAUGAGGAGCUCUUCGCGCAGGGUUUUAGAGCGGUGGUGAGCCCAACGGCUAUAUAUACCCUAUGGAACGACAAUAUGCGGGCUUACAUACUGGAGAGGUACUCCAAGAUGGCUGGAGGUCAUUUUAGUUGUCCUGGCAGGUUUAGGAGAGUUCAACAGACCGCCCGACCCAAUCAUCUCCAUGCAGCGUAUCGUGCGGCAGUCAUCUGUAGAGUUCAUCAUCCGAGCGUCUGGUUCAACAUGUCUCGGCCGGCAAGACAGUUCUAUACUCGGCUGUCUAUGAGGCACAUACCGCUUGGUAAUAUUAAACCUGGUCCGAUGCAUAGGGACGUUUCCAAGCAUCUAGCGGAGCUCCAAGUUGCCCAUAGGAACUCCUUUCGUUGGGGACCGUUCACUAUCGACAUUGGCAUUGAGGAAAAGGAGAUACAUGAUUCUGAGCAGUUCGAUGAUGAUCGAAAGAAAUGCAUCUUCAUAGACGGCCCGACGCAGUUCUAUUUCUCUACCAACGAGUAUCUGGAGUCAGUUAAAAUGUACCAUAGCACGCUGUCCUCCCUGGGGUGGCUGGUCUAUAGGGUGCAUUGGAUGGAAUGGGCUCAAACGUACGAGGAGGAAGGUGGUGGUAAGGAGGCGCGGUUGAGCAUCCUGAGGAAGAUUAUGGAUUCGGAAUCAGCACCUGAUACACUCCUCGAUGGUGAGAGCAUGGAGAUUGGACGGAAGGACCUCAAGAGGUUCAAGUGA